CGGAGACAUGUUCGGAGGGCGCGUUCCGACGGAGGCGUUUAGCAUUUCGUCCUCUGCAUCGAAAUCUCAAUCUGCAAAAGAGCGUCGAUAACCAUUGAUUCUCAGCUUUCUGUUCUCUCGACUGCCCGAAGUAGCAUCCAUGCAAUCGUUCAGUCCUCUUCUAUGGCGACCGGCAUUCAUUAGCGAGUCUCGGAGAAAUCUUUGCGCAACGGCCAGACGAAUCCCUGCAAAUAUGAAUCGCUCCUUCUCGUCUUCUCAACACAAUCAAUCAACACCAAAAGUCGACUACUCAUCACUUGGAGGUACCGAAAAGAACUUGCCGGAUUGGAAACCAGAAUCCACAAUCAGCGUCACCAAACCAGGAAAGCCGGACUGGAAAUGGGGCGAGGGCGUGAAGGGCAAGCAAGACCAGUCGCAGGUUGAGAUCGAUCCAUUUGAAGAAGGUCGGCCUAUGUUCCACAACUAUACCUUGCUGGUAUCCGGAAUUGCGCCACGACCAAUUGGUCUUGUGAGCACAGUGUCGAAAGAAGGCAAGCUAAACCUGGCACCCUUCAGCUACUUUCAAGUUGUCGACCACGACCCUCCAGUCUUUGUCAUUGGCUUCUCUGGACGCGCAAAUCGACCAAAAGAUACGUUGCGCAAUCUCGAGGAAACCGGAGAGUGCGUCUUGAACAUCGUAUCGGAGGAUAUGAUCGAAGCCGUCAAUGCGACUUCGGUGGACGCACCGUACGGCACUUCUGAAUGGUCGCUCUCUGGCCUCACUAAAUCUGACAGCACGACCGUCAAGCCACCGAGAGUCAAGGAAUCCGUCAUGUCGAUUGAAGGCAAGCUGACGGAAGUCGUCAACUACAAGACUUCCAGGCCCUCUGUGGGACCUCAUAGCUCAUUGGCAAUCAUCGAAGCCACCAGAUUCUGGGUUGCUGAGAAUGCGAUUGACGAGAAAAGAAGUCAUGUCGACUUGAAUGUGUUGAGACCCAUUGGCCAGCUUGGAGGUGUAUCAUAUGCUCGCAUCACAGACAUUUUCGAGCUUCCGAGGACGAAUUGGGCUACCGCGGUGGAGAAGUCGGGCUCCGAAUUGUUGGAUGUGGCCAAGGAAGAGACGACGGAGUCUGACGGACCGAUGUCCAAGCUGUAAAGGUCAUGCCUUUUGUCAAUGGCUAAAGAAAAGAUCAUACACACACGUCAGCGAUCUUGAGUGCACAGAGGAACCGCUUGGAAGCCAGCCUCGAAGCGAAAGAAGUCACCCACGGAAGACUGUUCACUGGUUGCCUGGAUUAUCUGGAUCUCGCCACAUGUUAGAUGAGUCAGCACACGCCAAGGA